UGUGAAAGUGCAGACUUUGAUUCUUUUAUGGUGGGUUGCCAGAUGAUGACCCCCCUCCGGAGGCCAUAGCUGACCCCUCUGCUCCCUCCACAUCACUGCCCCUCACCCCAAUGAUGACUAUGAGCUCUAUACCGGACACUUUAGUCCCGACUGAUCCCUCCAAAUCGGCCUUUCUGGAGUUCGGCGGCCACGGCUACCCCGGACACCAGCAGCCUUCCCCGGGCUUGUCCCACAACCACUACCCGGUCCACGGCCUGCACGCCGUCGGGCCCUCGCAGCACGACGGGCCCUUCUCCUCCGGUGCAUCCUCGUACGGGCGGCCGCUGGGGUACCCGCCUUACCACAGUCCCGUGAGCGCGCACCACCCCGGGGCGUACCUGCCCUACCAGCACGGGGGUCACAGCGGCGCGCUUGGACACACCAGGCUGGAGGAUGCGGAGCACGAGAAGCCCACGGCGGUGAUCGAGAACGGGGAGGUGAGGCUGAACGGGAAGGGGAAGAAGAUCAGGAAGCCUCGCACCAUCUACUCCAGCCUGCAGCUCCAGGCGCUCAACCAGCGCUUCCAGCAAACCCAGUACCUCGCCCUGCCCGAGAGGGCCGACCUGGCCGCCAAACUGGGCCUGACGCAGACCCAGGUGAAAAUAUGGUUCCAAAACAAGCGCUCCAAAUAUAAGAAGAUCAUGAAGAAUGGGCCCUGUGGACCAGAGGGGGACCACCUCGCUCCCCCACCGCCGUCCUCCUCCUCGCCGUGCUCCCUGUGGGACAUCAGCAUGGCUGCCAAAGGCACGCCGGUGCACUCAGGAGGGUACAUGAACAAUUUUGGACACUGGUACCCCGGACACCAGCAGGACUCCAUGCCGAGAACUCAGAUGAUGUGACAGGAAGGAGGACGCCAAACUUCCAGGACAAUUUACGGAUUUAUACAAGCGAGCUGAACUGGAGCUAAAAGGGACAAGGACAUUGUUUAGAGUCUGAGCCGCUCUGUAGGCAAAAAUAGUAAAAUGAUGAGUUGUAGUAAAUAUAUAAAACUGCUAAAGUAGCUGAAAAAUAUAAAUUUUAAUGCACAAACAGUGGGUUGGUGGUCAGCACUGUCGCCUCACAGCUAGAAGAUCCUCGGUUCGUAUUCCGGUCUUCCUGGGAUCUUUCUGCAUGGAGUUUCCAUGUCCUCCCUGUACAUGUCUGGGUUUUCUCCAGGUUCUUCAGCUUCCUCACACAGUCCAGAAACAUGCUGAGGUUAAUUGGUGAUUCUAAACUGUCCGUGAGUGUGAUUGUUUGUCUCUGUGUGUAGGCCGGUGACAGACUGUUACCUGUCCAGGUGUCUCCCGCCUUCCCCUCAGUCGGCUUGGAUAGACUCUAGUUUCUCUGUUACCCUAAUGUGGAAAAAGCGGUCUAUGGAUGGAUGGAUGGAUGGAUGGAUGGAUGGAUGGAUGCACAAACAGCUGCUAGGAUCAAUACAUUUUGAAACAAAUGGAAGUCAUUUUGUUUUGCAAAAUCCAACAUCAGGAUGUAACCAUAAAAACGAAAACAUGUUAGCUGCAACUGUAGCAUUUUAAAAUAUGCGUUUUACAUGUGUAUACCAGCUAUAUCCAACAAAAUUUAAUCAGGCAACAGCAAACAGGGCAGUAGCUGAGAUAUGAGCUCUGUGACACAUACAGCCAAAUUAAACUAGAAUUUUCAUAGUCUUAAGUUUACAAACAUCAUGGAGGCAUCCAGUGUGGAGCUUCACAACACUGGUUAACUCGCCUUCAUUACAAUGUCCUGACUUUCACACUAAGAAUUAGAUUUGUUUUUUUUUUUAAAUUGUGAAAUCCGACUCGUUUAACUAAGAAUUAAGCCGAAUUGUUCUACUUCUGUGAACAUCGAGGUCACGGUUAAAUGCUUAAUCUUGCUCUACGUCAUUCAACUGUUCAUUCAUAAGGAGGAAUAAUGCUUCAAAUAACAACAAGAAAGCUACACCGCCAAAAUAAAAGUGUUAUUUCUGCCUCCAGAGCGGCUGGACCUGCCGAGACAUUUGUGAUAAAGCUAUAGCUGACGCUACGACUCAAAGCUAAUGCCAUCUCCUGAUUCUGGACACUUCGGGAGGUUUUGUUUGUUUGUUUAUUUGUGUUUUUUGUGGGCAGGUACACAUGUAAAAAAGAAAAAAGGUUCUUCAGGGCUUCCUCACGUGUUUUUUUCUUUUUAAAUAAACUGUACUGAU